AUGGCCUCCCUCGCCCGCGUCGCCGCCCUCCUCGCGCUCGCUGGCGGCGCGUGCGCCUUCGUGCCUUCUGCGGGGACGGCGAACGGGCGCCCGGCCCAGGCGGCGGCGCCCGUGCUCGCGGCCGGCGCGGGCGCGGCCCCAGCUUCCGCGGAGCCCGCGCCAUGGGGCGCCAGCGUGCUGGCCGGGCUCGGCCUGGGGUACGCCGCCGCCGUGGCCGCGAAGGCCAAGACGGCCUGCCGGGCGGAGCCGAAACCGCAGAUCGCGGCGGCGCGGACCCCGGUGGCUUACCCCAUCUUCACCUUCCGCUGGCUGGCAGUGCACAUGCUGGCGGUGCCGACCGUCUUCUUCCUGGGUGCCAUCAGCUCCAUGCAGUUCAUCCAGCGCUGA